AUGCCAUCCGUGAACGCAGAAGACACCCCUACACCCGACGACAAGCAACAGCCUGACAGCGCACCGCACACGAACUCACCUAAGGCUGAGCCGAAGCCUGAAGUCGAAUACGACGACUUUGGGCUACCCAUCAAGAAACCCCGGGCACCGCCGCUGCCCGAGAGCGAGGAAGACGAAAGAGACCAGAAGAAGGAGGAGUUCAAGGAUGCAGCGUCCGAGCCGACGUCUACGGAGCAGCCCGCCCAGCAUGAGAAGGAGGCCCUGAAGCCUGCGCCAGCAGAAGAGAACCUGGAGGAGCUCAAGACCAAGACCAAGCCGGAUGUUGCGGGCAACAAUGGGCAUGUCGAAGCAGGGCCACCAAAGGCAGAAGCCACCCAGAACGGCGAGCAGGCCUCGAGUGCACAUGCACGUACACUUUCCACCAAGUCUGCGGCAGACAAGCGCAGCAGUAUUGUUCAAGCACACAACCCCGCGGGCAUAUCCGAAUACUCGCAUAUGCAGGCUGCGCCGCGAGCGUCAGAAGAGGUCAAAGAAGACGAUGGCGAAUGGCAGACCAUGCCCGCGUAUGCGCGCUACGACAUGUACGACGAUGACAACAGGCUCAUCGCCAGGGAAAAUGCGGAGGAGCUCGAGGACAUGCAUGGCUAUGGCAAUGUUGGCGGUGCAGCCAAGGGCUACACACGCGUUAUAAUGGAUGACGACGUCGAGUCAGUAACAAGCAUGGACGAUAACACUGCGUAUCUCUUCAAAGAGAGAAGCACAAUGCUGGACGAUGAAGAUGAGGCUGCUCGUGACCCGCUUGCUCAGAUGCAAACCACCAAGAGCCUUUUGACUGAGGGGCAACGCAUCGCCUAUGUUGGUCUGGUCCGGUUAGCCAUCGUAGAUACGGCCAAGCGCUUCACCAAGCUCGAGCGCAAUAGGAACACCAAGAAAAUUCUGGAUAUGGCACAAGAAACCACCCAGAUGUGGUCGCAGAAAAUGAUGGUUCGGUUAUACUCACACAUGGAAGUCAACGAGUCUGAGCAGAUGAUGAUCGAGCAGCUGUCGCAGCACGGUGUGGUGUCUGCUGACUUAACUCCGGCCUUGAUGCAGAACGCUCGUGUGAAGAACCCUGCUGCCGAAAGUUCCGAUUCCGCGAAGGACGCCGACUCAGCUAGGCCAUCUAUAUCUUCGCCUCCUUUAGGUUCUGCAUCGGAGAAGGGCAAGUCGAAUUCAAGUCUCGACCUGGAAGACGACGACUACAUGAACAGCCCUCCCCCGCCUCCAUAUGCAAAUCAUUCUGGAGAUGACCUACCGGCGGUUCGGACGCCCUCGCAAUUACCCACAACCUCAAGCUUGGAUAUCGACCUUCGCUGGACUAUCCUUUGCGACUUGUUUCUGGUUCUCAUUGCUGACUCUGUGUACGAUGCACGAUCAAGACAUUUAUUAGAGACCGUCGGCGAGUAUCUUAGCGUGGACUGGCUAGAAAUAUGUCGGUUUGAGAAAAGGGUUACCGAAGCGCUUGAAAUGGAAGAAGAAGCCAACAAAGAGAACUGGAACGAAGACGAGCACAUGGAAAGCCGCCGAAAAAAGGCGCGCAAUAGGCGUCUAGCUCUCAUGGGUCUUGCAACAGUCGGUGGCAGUCUUGUCAUUGGCCUUUCAGCCGGCUUACUAGCUCCGCUUCUUGGUGCUGGUCUUGCCGCUGGAUUCACAACGAUUGGUGUUGCUGGUACCGGAGGGUUUCUCGCCGGCGCAGGAGGAGCUGCUAUUGUUACAACUACCGGCGUGGUUACGGGCGGCACAAUCGGUGUAAGAGCUGCAAACAGACGGACGGGUGCCGUCAAGACUUUUGAGUACCGCCCGCUUCAUAACAACAAACGGGUCAACCUCAUCGUUACAGUAGCCGGUUGGAUGAACGGCAAGCUUGAUGACGUUCGUUUGCCUUUCAGUACGGUCGAUCCCAUCAUGGGAGAUAUCUACUCCGUUCAUUGGGAGCCUGAAAUGCUUCGGAGCAUGGGUGACACCAUUAAUAUUCUGGCUACAGAGGCUCUCACUCAAGGUCUACAACAAGUGCUUGGAGCUACAAUUCUAGGUGCUCUCAUGUCAGCGCUAACACUACCUCUCGCCUUGACGAAGCUAUCCUACCUUAUUGAUAAUCCUUGGGCCGUCUCCCAAGCCCGUGCAGACAUGGCUGGUCUCAUUCUUGCUGAUUCACUCAUCGACCGCAAUCUUGGUGCUCGUCCUAUCACGUUAGUCGGCUUCUCACUGGGUGCCAGGGUCAUUUUCGCUUGCUUGAAAGAGCUUGCCAAUCGAGGAGCUGUGGGUCUAGUACAAAACGCAUACAUGUUUGGAACGCCGGUGGUGGCCAAGAAAGAAGAAUACACCAAAGUGAGGGCCAUCGUACCUGGGCGAUGUGUCAACGGAUAUGCAAAUAACGAUUGGAUUCUUGGAUAUUUGUUCCGAGCAACCAGUGGAGGCAUCAUGCAAGUUGCUGGCCUCGCCAAAGUAGACGUGCCCGGUGUCGAAAACUUCGACGUCACUGAAUUCGUACACGGUCAUAUGGCCUACCGAGCGGCCAUGCCGAGGCUCCUCCGCGAAGUCGGCUGGCAAGUCGAAAGCGAUGAAUUUAGCGAAAUUGAGGACCCGGAUCCCGAAAACCACGAGAAGCGUCAACGCGAGCUCAUCAGUGAGAUAGAGGAAGCUCGAAAAGAGAUGGGAAAGAAGGAAGAAAAGAAGGGGGGUUUCAAUUUCUGGCGGAAGAAAAAGGUGCAGAAGAAAGACUGGGAGGUCUACGACGAGAAAUCGCAGAACGCAAUCGUUAAGGAGCAGGAUCCGGCGAAGCUAGCGGAGAACCCGAUCAUGUUCGACAUCGAUGCUAUCCGUGCAGAGGUCGCAGCAUUGUCCUACGACGCCAUGUACGAUAUAGAGGGCUUGGAAAUCAAGGAGAUCAAGAGCACGCUGCCGCCCAUGAAGAUCGAUAUGUCGCAGACUUCGCCGAAUCCGUACUCUGCGCUUAGGGAGACGAAGAGCUACAACGACAGUCUCGCCGUUGCAUCGCAGAAUCCCGCUGGUAGUUCCAGCAACCUUUCCACGUACUCGGGCGCUUCGACACCGUACCAGAACGGCGACCGGAAGAAGAGUCUCGAGGAGUACGACGAGGCGGCUGAUGGUGGGAUUAGCAUGACUUUCGAAACAUCGUUCAAGGAAUCGCCGGCCUCAAGAUCACCAGCGAGAUCACCGCUCCCGUCUGUGUACGAGUCUCCUCAGCCACCCUCGUCAGCUUGGGAUACCCCGAGUCGGAAAGAAAGUCCGGUAGAGCGUCCACCGUUACGGUCCUCCACGACCGACCCCUCUACCCAGGGCGCGCAUCUGGCGCCUGCCUACAACGCGUGGGCGGACGAGUUCGAUGACGAUUUCGGAAAGGAGAAGGAGCUGAAGAUGACCUUUAUGUAA